UACAAAUCGUUUCAUCCGUCCCUAACUUUCCCCAAGUUUCUCCGUUCGAUUAUCUGAAAGUAGCAAAUUUAACUUAGGAAAAAAAAGGCAAUGAUAUAAAACCGUCGAUUGCUGCUGGAGACAGCGUUUCUUAGCCUCCUUCCUUUAAAGAACUCAAGUUUAAACAUUAGUUUGUCCUGGUGGCUCUCUUUAUGACACAUGGGUAGGGACAGCAGGUCACACAAGAAGAGAUCUCGUUCCAGAUCAUCAAGUAGAGAUAGAAGUCGGCGCUCUCGAAGUCGAGAAAGAAAUAAGGAGAGAGAUAAGAAGAGGUCUCGUAGUAGGAGCCCAGAAAAGGGAACAGGUAAGUCAAGCCGGAAGCCACGAGAGCGAGAGAGAGAAAGAGACAGAGUUAGAAAAAGAAAACGAUCAGAAAGUGGUUCAUCUCACAGUGCAUCGUCAAGUAGAAGUCGCAGCCGUAGUCCAAAGAAAAAAGAGAAGGAGAAGGAUAGCCAGCAGCGCAAGCGUCGGUCACGUAGCAGGAGCGCGGAAAAGAGAUCAAAGAAGGAGAGGCCUCGCAGUAAGGAAAGAGACAGAGAAAAGGAGAAGGAGAGGAAAAAACGUUCAAGGAGCCGGGAUCGCUCAAGUUCUUCUGGGGCAAGAUCAAAGAGUAGGAGUCCAGAGAAGGAGCAAAAGAAGUCUAAAAGCAGCCGAGACAAGAAGAGAAAAGAGGAGGAUGAUAGUGCAGAUAGAGGCAAAGAAACUAAAAAGUCAAAGGAGGUGGGCCUAUUUGUUUACCUUACUUAA